AAUUCGAACUUUGUUAUCAUCGCAACAUCAUCUCUCAAAAGUGAGAUUCCAAACCCUAGUCUUGCAUCAAUCCACCACCACAAACCUUUCUUUCUCAUCGCCAUAGAUUUCCUUCUCAUGCUCCUCAGCCUCUCCUUGCCCUUUCUCAGCUCUCGAUUUGAGGCCGGGGGUCGUCUCUAAUCCCAAUCUAUUGAGGUUCUUGCAACCCAUUUCUUGAGUUGGGUCAUGGUGGAGUUUUCUCUCAUGGCGUCUGCCGCCUUCUCUCCUUCGAUGUUUCAUCAGGAGCAGGGCCUUCUUUGCAGUGCUGUUCCAAAGGACUGUCGAGCACUAUUACCUGGUUUUGACAAAAGAGAGGAACUGCUGAGAUCUAGUUCUCUGCAGUUAAAUGGAAUCCAUCCAGAGGAUCAACAGAAAUCAUUUGGCCAAUCACUGGAGUAUGGUCACCCAUCCCGGCCAUCUUCAGCAACUGACAAAUCUGUGCUCAUUGAUGUUCAAGAUUCCCGCCCUGAUUCGAUACUCUUCAGCUUUGGGAUCGCAGAACAGUGCACCAGGCGUGAGAAAAUCUUGCAGUUUCUUAUGUCUGGAUCCAAUGUUGUAGAAGGAGAAGGCCUGAAUAUAUCUUUAUUAUCUGAACUAAUGGGUCUUCAAACUUUGGCAAUCAGCAUGUGCCCACAACCUUUGGGCCCGGGAGAUGAUUUCUUUUUGCAUGAUUUCAGCCCAAAUGGGUCCCAGACAUUCAUAACCCCAGAAAAGCAGCUAUACUGCCCUGAGCUUUUAUUGGAUUUUGUUGGGGACAUGUCCCGUAACUCAAAAAUUAUGGUGCACCCAGAUGGUCGAGUCCUUUUCAUGGGUACUGGGGCUGAGAUGAAGGAUCUACUUUCAAUUGUUGCGGAGCUUUACAUGGCAAAAAAUAGAACACAUGGUACUAAGCAAUCUAUGCUAGUACCAUAUUUUAGGAGGUGGGGCAAAAAUACAAAGACAAACAACCGCAGUUUGUCGGGUUUACAAACUCAUGAUGUUACUCCACAGAAAAGCCCUGAAGCUGUCAAGCUGAAGCCACAAACCAAAAAGCAGCGAAGCAGAAAAGCCGGCAAUGAGAGGAAUAUCCAUGGGAAGAAUUAUUUCAGUGCUUGUGAAAGCCUUCUGACUUUCAUUGCAGAUGAGAAAGUAAGCAAGACGGCAGUGCAUUCACUGAAGAAAUCAGGUCCGGAAAUAACUCAAUUCCUCACCCAGUUGUCAGCCGGAAUUGCAGGAACAGGUCUCGCUGUCCUUUUUUCUGUCAUGUACCAAUUGGCGAGCCAAAGAGUGCCUUUCUGUAUCACCAAAGUAUUGAACACUGGUUUUGGUUUCAGUUUGGUUUGGCUCUCUUGGGCUGUCAACAGAUUAAGGUAUACCAUCAGCAAUGUGAGCAAAAACUUGAACAAGCUGAGCCCAAGCGAUGACGGUACUCAAAAAGUUGAAGAGUGCAUGAAAGAAAUUUUCUUCAGAGCAUUAGCGGUGAUGGCUGUGGUCAUUUUGAGGUUUGCGUAACGCUUUGAUCUUUUGCCUGUUCUGUAAAUGAAAUCUGACUGACUUUUUGUUAGAGUUGAUGAUUGUAAAACAAAUGGUACAGAAAAAAAGUCAGGGUGUCGCUGGAAAGCGGACAAAUGUAAGAUGAGGUUGCAUUGUAAUCAAAGAUUUAUUGACAUGUAAAUCAAUUUUGAGCUUCAUUAAGGUUAUAA